GUAUUUCCUUUAAGAGUGAUUUGUAGUGAAAAUUAUUGGGUUUGCUUUGUAAAUGUGUGUGAUUUGUGAGAAAACUCAUUUUUGUAAAAAGAUUAAGUGGCUCCUUUAAGCCACCCUUGUUUGUGGAGACUGUGUAAAAAAUCCUUAGUGAGUGAAGGUAAAGCAGAGGAUUAAGUGCCUAGUGGUUAGAUUGAACCUCUAUAAAAUCUUUGUGCAAAUUUCUCAUCUUUUCUCUCUUUAAUUUUUAUUUUGUGGUUGCGAAAAGGAGGAAAAUCUUGAAACUUCAAUUCAACCCCCUCUUGAAGUGUAUUAAGCGAGCAGAUACAAGAGUUCACUGGUCAGCAACUUUCGAUUGCAGAGGAGUUGAAGAUUAUGAAGAGCUCCUUCCCUUCUUGGAAGUUCUCUUUGGUGCCUAAAAGGAUAAAUGAAGCUGCAGAUUGGGUUGCUGGGCAAAGCAGAAUGUUAGCAUGUCCGUGCAACUGGAUCAACCACCCCCCAUUGGGUCUUGCGCAGAUUUUGAAUAAGGAUGGGUUCCCAGCUUCACCGAGGGAUUAGUGCUCUACUUUUGGUUUCUGUAUUAUUUGAUUUUUGCAGUGUUUUACUCUAUACUGUUUUGUAGUCGUGUUUCUAUGACUAGGAGAUUUGCUACAGACCUUUAUAAUUUCAAUGAAAUUUUGUUUUGGAG